AUGUCAUCCGACCACGGUAUUGGACCUGCUCAACCCCAGACUCUGACUCAAUGGAUCGAGUUCAACAUCUCGGCUCUGUACAAAGCCACAACUCAGGCUGCUUUCGACAUAGCCUUCGACAUCCUGCUGCACGAAGACGCACAGAUCUACGUGAACGGUGCUCGCUUUACUCGGGACGAGUAUAAGCGCCACUUGCAAGACCAGAAGCUCCUCGAAUACUCUGCCACUGUGACUUUCUCCAAUGCAGUGCAGGUGCCGGUCAAGACGGUCGGUUUUACCGAGACUGGCAGCGUUGGGGUCUUCUAUAAGGCCGUUAUUUCUGAGAAGGCUUUCGUCGGAGCGGGCCGCAUGGCGAACGUCAUCACCUCUUCGUUGAACGCCAUGUAA